AUGACAGAAUAUGUUUAUUUGCCAAACCCUCAACACCCCUCAGCAGCAGCUACCUUCUUGGGUGUUGCUGCUUCUGCUGGUGCUGCUCGUGCUGCUGCUCCUGCAGCUGCUACUGCUGCUGCACCUGGUGCUUCAGCUGUUGCUGCUGCUGCAGCUACUACUGCAGCAGCUGGUGGCAGCCUGCUGCUCUUCUUUCACGGCGGCCUUUGUGGGAGCGACCAGCUGCUGGCUUCGGGUCUUUCUUUUCCUUCAAGCAUCAGCAACUUGCUGCUGCUUAAUAGACAGGGCUACCUUCGUUCGUCUGCUCCUCCUCUGUGGGAGCAGCAGCAGCAGCAGCACUUCAGGCCAAAGCGCAGCAGGUCUCCUGUCCUCUCCGCUGCAGAGAAAAACUUGAUGUACAGACACCGCAUUUGGACCCAGGCAGCGCUUUUCAACGGCGUAGUCAGACGCGUGCAGCAGCAGCAGCAGCAGCAGCAGCAGGAGCAGGAGCAGCAGCAGCAGCAGCAACAGCAACAGCAGCAGCAGCAGGGUGUGCACCUGCUGGGUGUGGGUGUGGGGUGCGCGCAUGCAAUUGCCUACGGACAUUUCUUCCCUGAAGAAGUGCUUAGCAUAUCAUUGAUAGAGCCGCUGCUGCAGCUGCAUGCAGGUGCUGCUGGGGGGCCCCUGGAGGCCCACACCCUCCGUCGAGUUGCGGUGUAUCGGCACCUCUUUGAGCGGCUGCUGCCGCAGGGCGCAGCAAAACUCAGAUUACCUGCCCCCAAGAUUUCUUUCCUUGAGUUUGUAGCAGCAGCAGCAGCAAAUUACCUCCCAGCAGCUGCUGUCUUCGUGCUGCUGCAUGCGGCGACAGCCAAUGCGCACACAGCGCCGCUGCCCGCGAUGCAGCAGCUGCUGCAGGACAUGCAGCAGCAACCCUCACUGCAGCAGCAGCUGCAGCAACUGCUGCAGCAGCAGAUUCCUGCCGGGACACUAGACGCUCGUACGCAAGCAGCCUCUCACUCGCACCCCGAGCAGCAGCAGCAGCAGCAGCUGUACAAGCAGCUGCUGCUGCGACUGCAGCACAUGAACGGCUGCUGCUGCAUGGCUCAGCGUCUGGAAGGAUUUAUUGAAGAUUGCUUGCUGCUGUGGGGAGACUCUAAAGAGGCUGCUGCUGCUGCUUGGCUGGCGGAGUGCUUCUCGGCGCUGCAGGUCCCUCGGCUAAUUCUGCAUGCAAGCAGCAGCAGCAGCAGCAGCAGCGAGCUGCAGAGGGCUUGUAAUGCUUCAGGGGCCUCUCAGGCACCGCUGGUAGUUCAGCAAAUCCACGGGGCCCAUCCACAUACUCUCUUGCUGACGCAUGCGAAGCACAUCAGCGGGGUGCUGCAGCAGCAUCUGCAGCAGCAGCAGCAGUAG